UUAUAAUUAGAGUGUAUUUGAAUCAGUAUUUGUUUUUUAGAUCAUUUUGUGGCCAAAAAACAAUCAGAAAAUGUCUUCUGUCUGGGAUUGGGUGAACAUCUUUCACAAAGACAUUGACACUUUGCCACCAUAUCAAGUGGCGGCCGUCAAACCGGAAAACUAUGUUCACUACGAUGUCAUUGCUAGAGAAGACCCGGUAGUAUUGUACUCGCAUUUUACGGCUGACCACGAAAUCAUGUAUGAACUGGUCGUUCACAAAGAUCUUCAUAUAAAGACGGCCUAUAGUUUGAUGCGAAGCAAAUCGGCCACAGAUAUCGAUCGAUACUUUAAUAGUUUGAGCCAAAAGUUGCCACAAAUAUUAACAAUUUCUCCGCACAUUACGGUAGAAAUGCUUCAAGAGAUCUGCAAUUAUGACAAAGAGCACCAAAACCAGAGUUUAGCCCAUAUUUGUGCCUAUUAUUCACAACUCAAUGACUACUUUAAUCAGUUAACACCUAACGACACGGCUAUCAUCAACUGUCGCAGUCCGGGCUCCGGUCGGACUCCUCUACACAUCGCUGUCCUUACGGGUCGCGUAUCAACUGUUCAAAAACUUUUAUCGUUGUCACCGAAUCUGGAAAUUGUCGACCGAAACGACAACAAUGUUCUACAUGUGGCCGCCAAUACCACAAAAGAGAUUAUCGAAAAAAUCUGUUUGGCGGCCAAAACAACGACCAGUGAUGUCAAUCUUAUAUCACUGAUAAACGUCCGAAAUAAUGAUAACUUUACGCCACUCUAUAUCGCCUGUUAUAAUGACAAACCUGACUGUGUUAAGGAACUGCUGAAGAAUGGUGCAGACGUUAACUCGGCGUCGAUUAUCGAUCAAUCAGAUAGCGAAAUGGUUGACCACAAGAUAGACGACGACAAACUAAUAAGUGAUUUGGAAACUAAAGACAUGAAAAACGGUGGGACACCAUUGCAUUGGACAAGUAAUGAAGAGGUGAUGGAAAUCCUCAUUGAGAAAGGCUGUCACGUCGACGGUCGUGAUUUUCAAGGACAGACAGCAUUGCACGUGAAGGUAGCUCGCAGUGAACUAUCGGGUGUUAUAAUCUUACUGAGCUAUGGUGCAGAUGUGUCGAUCAAAGGCCUGAAUGGUAACACACCAUUGCAUUUGGCCGUCAAAUCUGAAUUGUUAGCUAUGGUUCAGGCAUUGAUAGUGUUUGGCGCCGAUGUUAACGCCAAGAACUCUAAUGGAGAGACAGCCAGACAUUUGGCCGCCGCCGGGAAAAGAAGUUCUGAAAUGGAUCUAAUUCUUUAUGUAUURCAUUCAGUGGGCGCCAAACGAUGUUCAACCAAUAGAUCUGAUUGUACUGAUGGCUGUUCCCAAUCAAGUGGCAGUCAAUUCAACGGCAGUCCUCCCGAUAAUUCUCCAUUCAAGAGAAUCGCCAAAUUUUAUGACAAUUUAUUGGGCGAACUUAUUGUUAAAAAAGCCGUAAAACGUAAACAAGAGAACUCAUCGUCGGACAGACAGUCGACGACAACAGCCAAUCGUUGUCGUGUUCUGUGUUUAGACGGCGGAGGUGUCAGAGGUUUGAUAAUCAUACAAAUGUUGUGGGCGUUGGAGACAAUGGCGAAACGUAAGAUGAAUGAGAUGUUUGAUUGGAUGUCCGGCACCAGCACUGGCGGUAUAUUAGCUCUAUUGUUAGCAUUGGGUAACUCUACCGAUGAUUGUCGACGAUUAUACUUUCGGCUCAAAGAUAAAGUUUUUGUUGGUCUUAUGCGUCCAUACGCAUCGGCACCGCUGGAAAAGUUUCUUAAACAGGCUCUGGGAGAGGACACUCGUAUGGGCGACAUUGAGAAACCGCGAGUUAUGGUGACGGCCACCAUUGGCGACCGAUUUCCACCCGGUCUGCAUCUGUUUCGCAAUUACGACUCACCCGCCAAUAUAUAUUGUAACACCGAUGGUCACAAUGUUAAAGAGGUUAUUCCUUCUGUACCUAAUCCACUGGAUGAACACGUUUGGAAAGUUGGCCGAUCUUCAGGUGCAGCACCCACCUAUUUCAGACCAUGCGAUUCAUAUAUCGAUGGAGGACUGAUAGCGAACAAUCCAACUCUGGAUACAUUGACAGAGAUUUGUUCGCUUAAUAAAGCCCUCACAGCUGUCAACAGAGAGUCAGAGACACUUGAUUUGGAUGUUGUUGUCUCACUGGGAACUGGUAGCAUACCGGAGGAAGUGGUACCCAUUAUUGAUAUAUGUCGACCCGAAAGCUGGCACGAUAUAGCCACCAGUGUAGUGUCGGCCAAGAUUCUGGUCAAACUGUUGAUUGAACAGGCCAGUCAAUCGGAUGGACAGGUAGUCGAACGGGCAAAGGCCUGGUGCUCACAGACAGACGUUCCCUAUUUUCGUAUGAAUCCUCCGCUAUCGGAGGACAUUGAGCUCAAUGAGACCGACAAUACAAAGUUAGUGAAUAUGUUAUGGGAGACGACUGCCUAUAUGUUUAGCAGAUAUAAUGAAUUGGAAGAAUUGGUUAUAUUGUUGUCGUAAUAAUAAUAAAUUUUAUUGUUUUUUUAAAUAAUAUAUAUUUUGUAUCUUAAAAUUGUUGUACUGUAUUAGUAUUUUUUAAUUAGUUUCUUAUA